UUUUUUAAUUUUUACUUUCAAAAUUUUUUUUAUUUAAUUUUUUUAAUUUUAUUUCUAAUUUUUUUAUUGUUAAUUUUUUUCCUAAUCUAUGUUUUCAAUGGGUUCUGUCAGCAUUUUCUGCAAUUCGUUAAUUAAAUUAAGUUAUUCACUGCCUUUUUUUCACCCCUUCAUUUUUAUUUUCCAUUGGCUUACGAUUUGUCUCUGCUGUGUUUUUUUUUUGCCUUUCGCUUUGUUAUUUGUUGGUCAAAAACUCUAUUUUUUUUAUUUCGCUGUGUUACGCCCUUCACGCCGCGAAGUAUGUACCUCAUCGCGCAGUUGGCUACGCACGGCUACAUUGUCCGAACACGUCAGAGUCCAACGACCGCGCAUAUGCUGACGAUAAGGUGCUUUAAUAAAUUAAAGUCAAUUUUCAAUGUCAAUCGGCUUUAGCGCUUUUUUAUUAAAUAAAAAGGGAUUUUUAAUAUUAUCAAUGAAUUCUAUAAAAACACAUUUUUCCAUAUAAUGCGGAGUUACACAAGAAAAUAAGAAAUGUGCAUUCUGUAAUCAGCAAAUAAUUCAAACACUAGUACAUUUGAGAUAGCUGGGUUUUGCACGCACAAAGAUUCUAAGAAAAGUAUAUGCAUUUGUAUUUUACUUUUAUUUGUAAACAAUUUCAUAUCGCCGUUUAAAAAUAGCAUUCCACAUUGGCUUGCAGUUAAUACAAGGGUCCGAUAACGCCAACAAAAGUACUGUGGUUGAAGUAUAUUAGUCAUCAACAUUUACUCUUUCGUAUUGUUUCCUGAUUUUAUUUGCCUUUCGAUUUUCUUAUGAUAAUUUAUGCUCACUCGUCUUUAUACAAAAGAAACCUAUAAUACUAACAACUCAUAGUGUUUUUGUAAUCAACUUGAAUAUUAAAAUCGAAAAAUAGACAGUUUUCUCUUUAAGCUACAAGCAGGUAUGCUUUUUAAGAAAAUAUUUAAAUAAUUUUUAAUUUGAAAAAUAAAAAAUUAAACGCGACUGCGCACCAUUCAAUUUCGGUGCACAUCGUUAACGGGCUCGUCCGGGAAUUGAACCCGGGACCUCUCGCACCCGAAGCGAGAAUCAUACCUCUAGACCAACGAGCCAUACAUUCGAUGUUCGCUAAUAAGCAAUAAGCGUACAGUGUGCUGGUGGUUGUUUUUUGUAUACUCACCACGAGAGCAAGGUGUUGGGUUAUCAGCAAAUGUGGUGAAUUUUGAAAGUGUGCAGUGCUGUAUUUUGACGCAUGAAAUUUGUAUAGUACUUAAUAAUUGCAAUAAAUUAUUUGUUGAAGUUAUUGAUUUUUAUUUUUUUUUAAUAUUUAAUAAGUUGUAUUGUUUAUCAUGGAAGUUUUUAACAGUUAUUCACUUUUGAGAGCUAAUAGCUGAGAAUUUUAAGUCUUCCUGUGUCUAAAGUCUAUGGAUCUGGUAAUUGGGUUUGGUGAUAGCCUUUGUUUGGACAUAAAUCAGCUCUAGGUCUGGUUGUGCAGAUCAGACUAAUGUCGUUGUUCCGUUCACACGACAGUCGGAACUUUCGGUCCGUCUUUCAACAAUUUCAUUAAAAUUAUUUUGCCUGUACAACACAACAUCUCGAACUCUCUCACUCUCAACAGGAAACAUUAAGUUUGCUAAGAUAUUUGUAAUGCCCAAAAAGAAACUGCGGCGACCCAAGAAGCUAUUCAUUUGUCGAAACCGCCCAAUAUAUCGAACCACUAUACCAUUUAGUUGCCAUACCAACUCAACGAACAAACUCAAUAUCCUUUAUGGAACACUUCAUAAUUGGACGAAGUUUCUUUUAAAAAUUGGCAUUGAUUAUUAUCCAAGAUAUCGCUAUAAUCUUCGAACAAAUUGUUCAGAUCGGACAGCUAUAGCAUAUAGCAAAUGCACCUGUGAAGGGUAUUACGGCUCGGUGCUGUCGAAGUUAACGGUUUUGUUCUUUGUUUAUUUACAUUUUCAUGUUUAUUGCAAUCACAGCUACUUUUUAGAGCUUGUUUAUGUAAUCAUGCCUCUAUUAAUGUUUGUAUAUUUACGUGGUUUUCUACCGAUAGCUUAGUGUGUAUGCGCGGUGCUAUAAUCCAAGGUCGUAUGUUCGAAACCUACUGCUUGUAAUAUGCAGCUUGAAAUUUUUUUAAAAGACCUAACCACAGGAGCGUUGAUACAAUUAUUAGAGAGAAAAAGUCAAUUAUUUUAGAAAAGUCGUCUCAGUUUUAUCAUAAAAAUAAUUAAUAUGCGAAAACGAAUUGCUGAAAUUGGGCCUAAAAACGCUGCAUAUAUUUUUACAAUUCAAAGAACAAAAGUAAGUUGACGUUGAAAUAAUAUUCAUUGUUAGAGUUAAUAUUUUGUUUAGCUUGUCAGUAACAAAAUCGAAUUGAGCUUUCAACAGUUAAUCGUGCAAUUUGUAUAGGAGUUGAUAAUCACUAAAUAAUAUUUUUAAUUUUUUAUAUUGUGAAUGAAUUUCUUGAUUAAAAUUGUAAUAGAAUGAUUUUUCCAUAAACCACCGUUAGUUCUUCCAUUUUCUAAUAUAAAAUAAAAAUAAUUGCGAAGUCGCAUAUCGUUCUUCUGAUAAAAUUUUAAGAUUUAUUUUAUGAAAAAUGGCACCAAGACAUAAGAAAAAGAAUUCGCUAAAUUACCGUUUAGAGCUCGUGCGAAAACACAAUACAUCUGCAGCGGAAGCUAUUCUUCAAAGCAGUUCACUGAGUGAAAUUGAAAAUAAGGCGCUUCGGAAGGAUGAAAUUUCCCAAAAACAAACACCUGAAUUAGAACAGUUAAUUCCAGAGAACUGCGUUUGUAAUCGAGAGGCUAAAACUUUUGUUUGCAUUUUUUGCAAAAUGUUUAGUUUCGGACGUAUCGCCGAAACGUGUAGCAUUCAUCCAAAUGUUUCCUAUCUGAUGGAUUUCACGUGCUGCCCGCAUUGUUCUGGACCUUCGGAACAUCUUCACAUGGUUAAUAUGGAAUAUGAACGUUAUUUCAAGAUCUGAGAACUCUAAACUUGGUUUAGAAUUGGUGGAAGUAUUCAAAAUACCUCAAGUGGUCAACCAUAUUAGAUACUUAUAUAGCUUAUAUAUUAUUACAUAUAUAUUUCGUUUAGUAUAUAAUUUUAUACUAUUGAGUAUAAUGGAUUUUAAGUUAUUUCAAGUUAAAUAAAUGAAGUACUAAAAAUGAAUGGAAAGUA